GAAGAAGCCAGUACGAGAGAUAGAUCAAGAUUUAUGCGAUAGAGAUAUCAAUAUUCACAAUAACAACAAUCGCCUUUUUGAGGACGAUGAAGAAGAGAGUGAAACUGUUAAGACUGUUCUGUCUACGGUAUGGAGUGGAGGAAAACUGGGUGUGGCUUAUUACGAUACCAACUCGGCACAAAUCAGCUUAAUGAUGGAUAUAGUGGAGACCAAUGACUUCGAAAUUUUGAAAAGAGUUAAAGACCAAGUGAACCCAGAUAUAAUAAUAACAAGUUCAAAACAAGAUGAAAGAUUCUUGGCUAUACUACGAGGAAUAGAGGGAGAAAAUAACGAGGAGACGAUGUUUAAAGCAACCGAGGUUGAAAUUCUUCCAACUAUUGAUUUUUCACUAGAAGUAUGCAAGAGACGUAUCAUUUCUAUCAAUGGAUUGCCAGGAAUGUCUGAACACUUUAAUGACAUGGAACGGAAUGUAUUUUUUAGUUCUCUCAUUCCCUUUGACAACAUUAACAUGGUUCGUGCAGCUGGUGCCUUGAUUAAAUAUCUUGAGAAGAAACGGUUUGGUUUGGAGCUGGAAGACUUAGAUGUACCCGUUCCCAUUCUAGCAUUAAAAGUGUUUUCUUUGAAAGAUAUGAUGAUUAUCGACGAUAACACAUACAGUGCUUUACAAAUCUUUAGAAAAGAGUCACAUCCAUCUGUCUACAAACAAGGAACAAGUUCCAAGGAAGGCCUCUCCCUUUUUGGUGUCAUGAACAGAACACGAUCUUCUCUUGGUAGUCGGUUACUAAGAAUAUGGUUUAUGCGUCCAACUCGAAAUAUAGAAGUUUUGAGUCAGAGACAAAAAGCCAUCAAUUUUUUCAUGCUCCCAAGAAAUCAAGAACUCGUGUCUUCUUUACAAGACUGUCUGAAAAACAUCAAAAAUAUUUCGAGAAUACUCAGCCGAAUGAAAACAGCACAGGCCUCUGUCACAGACUGGCAAGCUCUUUACAAGACCGUGUACAAUGCCAUCUACAUUGCAGACCUUUGCAGAACUUUCCCCGCUGAUGUUGUCAUAGCUACUAAGAUAAAAGAUCAUUUCACCCACGAAUUACCACGCGUUGCCGACCUCAUCAACAAGAUUGUCGAUUUUGAAGAAUCAGCCGAGCAAAAUCGUUUUGUGGUUAAGCCUGGUGUUGACCCUGUACUUGAUGAAAAGAAAAGGACUUACAAUGGCCUUCCAGACUUCAUGACGAAAGUUGCACGAGAGGAACUGAGUAAAUUGAGAUCAUCAGUCACAGAAUGUAAUGUAAUCUAUCUACCUCAGCUUGGUUAUUUAUUAUCAAUCCCACGUACUGCUGAUAUGAAAGAGGAAAAGGACUUUGAAAUGGAAGGACUUGAAUUUGUAUUCCUUUCUAAUAACAUGGUUUAUUACAAGAGCGAGAGUACCAAAGAACUGGAUCUACUGCUGGGAGAUACACAGUGUGAAAUAACAGAUCACGAGACAGCCAUCAUGCAUCGCUUACAGAGUAUUAUUCUAACUCACGGUAAAACACUUCUGGGCAUGAUGGAAUGCGCUGCAGAACUUGACUGCUUGGUUUCUUUGGCUAUUUGCGCAAGAGAAAGCAACUACGUACGUCCUGAAAUCACUUCUGAUUCAAUCUUGGAUAUCAAAGGAGGAAGGCACCCUUUGCAAGAACUUUGCGUAAAUCAGUUCGUACCUAAUGAUACUUCAAAAGAGAAGGACAAAGGACGUAUGACGAUUCUAACAGGUCCUAACGCCAGCGGAAAGAGUGUCUAUCUAAAACAGGUUGGCCUAAUCGUAUUCAUGGCCCACAUCGGUAGCUUUGUUCCAGCUGAUUCAGCCAUCAUUGGUGUAACAGAUAGAAUCUUCACUCGAAUUCAUACGCGGGAGACUGUGUCGAUUGGACUCUCUACAUUCAUGAUUGAUCUUGGCCAGGUUGCCACUGCAGUUCAAGGAGCUACAGAACACUCGUUAGUUAUCAUAGAUGAGUUUGGAAAAGGAACAGCUACGGUCGAUGGUCUGUCUCUUCUGUGCGCAACAUUAAAACACUGGCUUGCGUUUAAUGAGAGAUGCCCAAGGAUCUUUGUAUCCACACACUUUCAUAGUCUCAUCCGACAGAAGCUACUUCCCGACACCGCUAUCUUGAAAUACCAGACAACCCAGGUGAUAGAAGAUGGAGAAGAACUGGUGUUCCUAUAUAAUUUGGUAGAUGGCUAUGCUAGUAGUAGUUAUGCUGGUCAUAUUGCUAGACUUGCUGGGAUUCCUGAUGAUCUUGUUAAGAGAGGAGCUGAGGUUUCAGAAAUGGUCAGGUGCAAUAAGCCUUUACAAAGAAAAGAUAGCGUGAGUUGGGAAACGCAGCGAAAGAGAUGUAGUACCAUUGUAAAUCGGUUCCUAGAGUUAAACCUGGAAGAAGACGACCUCCAUUCAUUCUUAUCAGACUUUGUUAUACCAGCAAGUCAAG